GACAAACUCGUAUGACAGACGACGCUGAAACCUAACACAAGCGUCGCAAGCGAGAUGUAAACAAAUUGAGUGACACUUGGGACAAUGUGGAGCGGGUCGUACACUGUUUGCUGGGCGGGGCACAGAAAAGUUAUGUUGUUGUUUCUCUUUUGUCAGCUAGCGAACGACGCCGACGGUUCUAUUUACAAAAACCUGAGGCACUUUGAGACCCUUCACACUUCACAUUUCAAACACACAAUUGUGAAAAGAGGAACAAAUCCAAGCCCACAUCCAUUCAAUAAAAUAAAAGAGGUGUCAUUCAGCACUCUGGGAAGAGAUUUCCGUCUGAUACUGAGUCCGAGGAAGGAUAUUCUUCACUCCAAAUUUAAGGCAUAUUCAGUUGACAGUGAAGGAACAGAAAAACCUGUUUUUGUUGAUCAUGAGAAUUUUUAUCAUGGACGAGUAUUUGGCGAAGUAACUUCUGAUGUCACAGCGCAUCUUGAGGAUGGAAUGAUGACUGCUACAGUCCAUGUUGCAGAUGAAACGUAUCAUAUAGAGCCAGCCUGGCGGCACAUUCCUGAUGAAGAAAGGCAGUCUAUGAUUGCUUAUCGGGCAUCAGAUGUUCGUUUUAGUUGGGCUCAGCAUGCAGGAGAUGAAACUUCAUGGCCAAGGACAUGUGGCUAUAUUAGAGAGGGGGAAGGACAUAGCCAUGAUGGCGAUGAUUAUGAAGAAGAUGAGGAGCAAGAAGAAGUAGUAGUCAGAUACAAACGCCAGGCUGAGCAAUACGAAUACACACCCACAAAGACAAGAUGUCCAUUGCUUCUAGUUGCAGAUUACCGUUUUUAUCAGGAAAUGGGAGGCAGUAAUACAAAGACUACAAUAAAUUAUUUGAUUAGCUUGAUAGAUAGAGUUCAUAAGAUUUAUAAUGACACAACAUGGCAUGACCGCCAAGAAAAUGAUGGCUUUAAGGGCAUGGGAUUUGUAAUAAAGAAGAUAGUUGUCCAUAGCGAACCUACCAGAGUGCGUGGUGGAGAAGCUCAUUACAAUAUGGUUAGAGAGAAAUGGGAUGUCCGGAAUUUAUUAGAGGUUUUUAGUCGUGAAUACAGCCAUAAGGACUUCUGUUUAGCCCAUCUUUUCACUGACCUAAAAUUUGAAGGAGGUAUCCUAGGGCUCGCAUAUGUGGGUUCACCAAGAAGGAAUUCAGUUGGAGGCAUUUGCACACCAGAAUAUUUCAAGAAUGGUUACACACUCUAUCUGAAUUCAGGUUUGAGUUCAAGUCGUAACCAUUAUGGUCAAAGAGUCAUUACAAGAGAAGCAGAUCUCGUUACUGCUCAUGAAUUUGGACAUAACUGGGGCUCAGAACAUGAUCCUGACAUACCAGAAUGCAGUCCCAGUGCAAGUCAAGGUGGAUCAUAUCUGAUGUAUACAUACAGUGUCAGUGGAUAUGAUGUCAAUAACAAGAGAUUUUCACCCUGCAGUCUACGUUCCAUUCGUAAAGUCCUCCAAGCUAAAUCUGGCCGUUGUUUCUCUGAGCCAGAGGAAUCAUUUUGCGGAAAUUUAAGAGUGGAAGGAGAUGAAGAAUGUGAUGCUGGUCUCCUGGGCACAGAAGAUAAUGAUGCCUGUUGUGAUAAAAAUUGCAAGCUCCGUCGUAAUCAGGGAGCAGUUUGCAGUGACAAGAAUUCGCCUUGCUGCCAAAACUGUCAGUACAUGCCUGUCGCAGUCAAGUGUCGUGAUGCACAGUACGCCACAUGUGAGCAAGAGUCCCGCUGCACAGGAACAUCAUCUGAAUGUCCUCGUAGUCCUCCUAUGGAGGAUGGUACUGGUUGCCUCGAAAGGGGCCAGUGUCGUCGUGGAAAGUGUGUUCCAUACUGUGAAACUCAGGGCCUCCAAAGCUGUAUGUGUGACACAAUUGGAGAUGCCUGUAAACGAUGCUGUCGUAUGAAUCUCAAUGACACUUGUUUUCCUGUGGAUCCAAUGGAUAUUCUUCCAGAUGGAACACCUUGUAUUCAGGGAUUCUGCAACAAGGGUUUGUGUGAGAAGACCAUUCAGGAUGUUGUAGAAAGAUUCUGGGAUAUAAUAGAGGACAUCAAUAUAAAUAAAGUUUUAUUAUUCUUGCGUGAUAACAUAGUUGGCACGGUCAUCUUAAUAACUGCACUUAUAUGGGUUCCUGCAAGUUGUGUUGUGAGCUAUGUAGAUCGUCGUCGUAGGAUCAGGGAUGACGAACGUUUUGAAUGGAGACGCAGUAGUGAAUUUUUUAGAGAUGACAGUUAUCGUGUUAUUCACAUGAGAAUCACAAAGCAGAAGAAUGGACCACAGCAUCAUAUUCCCACAUCACUUCAAUAAGCUAAAGAUAAGAUGUGUGAAAAUGUGGUGGUUCUUCCCCAUUGUUGCAUUUUGGAUUUGUACUGAAGUAAUGUAGACACAUUUUUGUAAGCCUCAAGUUCAUAAAUAUAUUUAUUGAGAACAAA